AUGGCUUCCAACGAGAAUAAGUUUGAAGGAUGGGUUGCCUUAGACAAAGACUCUGCCGAGGGCAAGAUGGUCUGGCAAGAGUACGAAGUCAAGCCCUGGGAAGAGACGGACAUUGACAUUAAAAUCUCACACUGCGGCAUCUGUGGCACAGAUCUGCAUAAGCUCCGAUCUGGCUGGGGUCCGACUGCGUAUCCCGUCGUCGUCGGCCAUGAGAUUGUCGGCACGGCCGUGCGAGUCGGCAAGGAGGCCGCCGCCCAGACCGGCAUCAAAGUCGGCGACCGGGUCGGCGUGGGAGCGCAAAACGACUCGUGUCAGUGCCGCAAGCCGCCGCAGACGGUCGAGGAUCACUCCGACUGCGAGGCCUGCGCUUCCGGCAACGAGGUUUACUGCCCGCGGUCGACAACGACGUACGGUGCCAAGUACCUCACCGCUGCUGGCGGGAAGAGCAUGGGCGGCUAUGCUCGGUUCCAUCGAUGCCCGGCCAAGUUCGCCUUCAAGAUCCCCGACAACCUCGCGAGCGAGCAUGCCGCGCCGAUGAUGUGUGCCGGCGUGACGACCUUUUCGCCGCUCGCGCACUUUGGAAACCGUGGCGAGGGGCCUCUUGACCAGCGUCUCAAGGGCAUGUCGGUUGGCGUUCUCGGGGUUGGCGGAUUGGGUCACUUUGGCAUCCUGUUCGCCAAGGCCAUGGGCGCUGAUAAAAUCGUGGCCGUGUCUCGUCGCUCGGACAAGCGAGCGGACGCUCUGGCUCUAGGGGCAGACGAAUACAUCGCCACGGCCGAAGAAGAAGGAUGGGCAAAGAAGCACGCCCGAACGCUCAACCUCAUCAUCUGCUCCAUCUCGAGCUCCAACAUGCCCCUGACCGAGUAUAUUGGCCUGCUUAAGCGCGAGGGUAUCUUCUGCCAGCUCGGUCUUCCGGAUGACGGACAAUUCAAAGUUGGUGCUGGAACGAUUUGCGCGGGUCGCCGAUCAUUGACUGGAAGCUUCAUGGGUUCACCUCACGAGAUCCGUGAGAUGCUGCAGCUUGCUGCCGACAAGGGGAUCAAGCCGUGGGUUGAGCAGUGGCCGAUGAGCGAAGCUAACCGUGCCAUUGUCGAUAUGGAUCUUGGAAAGGCAAAGUACCGAUAUGUCUUGGUGAACAAUGACCAGUAA